AUGGGUAAGACACAGAAGAAGAAUAGUAAGGGUCGUUUGGAUAGAUACUAUUAUCUAGCCAAGGAGAAAGGUUACCGUGCUCGUUCGUCCUUUAAGAUUAUCCAAAUUAAUGAAAAAUAUGGUCAUUUCUUAGAAAAAUCAAAGGUCGUUAUCGAUCUGUGUGCUGCUCCUGGUUCGUGGUGUCAAGUUGCAUCCAAGCUAUGUCCUAUUAACUCAUUGAUUAUUGGUGUGGAUAUUGUUCCAAUGAAGUCGAUGCCCAACGUUAUUACUUUCCAAAGUGACAUUACCACCGAAGAUUGUAGAUCGAAAUUGAGAGGUUAUAUGAAGACCUGGAAGGCCGACACAGUAUUACAUGAUGGUGCUCCUAAUGUCGGUUUGGGUUGGGUUCAAGAUGCUUUCACUCAGUCUCAACUAACAUUGCAAGCUUUGAAGUUGGCUGUGGAAAAUUUGGUCGUGAAUGGUACGUUCGUCACAAAGAUCUUUAGAUCCAAGGAUUAUAAUAAAUUAAUUUGGGUUUUUCAACAGCUGUUUGAAAAAGUGGAAGCUACAAAACCACCAGCAUCAAGAAAUGUUUCUGCAGAAAUUUUCGUUGUUUGUAAAGGUUUCAAAGCCCCAAAGAGACUAGAUCCAAGGUUGUUAGAUCCAAAGGAAGUCUUCGAAGAAUUGCCAGAUGGACAACAGAACAUGGAAUCUAAGAUUUAUAAUCCUGAAAAGAAGGUUAGAAAAAGACAAGGUUAUGAGGAAGGUGAUCAUUUAUUGUAUCAUGAAAGCUCAAUUUUGGACUUUGUCAAAACUGAGGACCCUAUAACUAUGCUUGGGGAAAUGAACAAGCUUACAAUUGACAAGGAUGAUCACGAAUGGAAGAUCUUGAAAAAACUGAAACAAACCACGGACGAAUUUCAUUCAUGUAUUGAGGAUUUGAAAGUUCUAGGUAAGAAAGAUUUCAAAAUGAUUUUGAGAUGGAGAAAAAUUGCUAGAGAAAUCUUGGGUGUUGAAUUGAAGGAUGAAGAUAAGACGGAUAUUGAAGUAGUACCGUUAACCGAAGAAGAGCAAAUUGAAAAGGAUUUGCAAGGUUUACAAGAAAAACACCGUCUAAACGUUAAGCGUGAAAGAAGAAGAAAGAAUGAAAUGAAGCAAAAGGAACUACAAAGAAUGCAAAUGAACAUGAUAACCCCCACAGAUAUUGGUAUUGAAGCUGCGAGCCUGGGUAAAGAGUCUUUGUUUAAUUUGAAAACUGCAGAAAAAACUGGUAUACUAAACGACUUGGUGAAGGGUAAGAAAAGAAUGAUUUUCACAGACGAUGAAUUAGCUAAAGAUAACGAUAUUUACAUUGAUGAAAAUAUUGUGAUCAAGGAUAAGAAUUCCGCGGGUGAUGCAGACGAUUUAGAAACUGAAUUGAAUGCCAUGUACAGUGAUUACAAAUCCAGAAGAUCAGAGAGAGACGCUAAAUUUAAAGCCAAACAAGCUCGAGGUGGCGACAACGAAGAGGAAUGGACCGGUUUCAACGAGAAAAAUGCAGGAAAGGAAGAAGAAGAACCUAAAGACUAUAUCGAAGAUAAUGACGACGAAGAUAUCGAAGGAGAUUCUGAUGGCGAUGAAGCCAUCAGCAACUUGAUUAGUAAAAUAAAAGGAGAAGAUGGUGAUCAUAAAUUGAGUAGUAAAGCCCGUAUGAUCUUUAAUGAUCCAAUUUUCAAUAACGUCGAAGCUGAUCUACCAGUAAAUAUCAUCAACGAUGGUAUGAUGAGUUCGGAGUCCGUCGGUGAUAUUUCUAAAUUAAGUAAGAAGAGGAAGCAUCAAGAAAUACAGCAGCAAGAACCAGAAGAAGAAGCAGACUCCUCGGACGAGAGUUCAAGUGACGAUUCCGAUUUCGAGAUUGUGGCUAAUGAUAAUGUAUCGGAAGACUUUGAUUCCGACUAUGAUUCUGAAGAAGAAAGGAAUCAAACGAAGAAAGAAAAGCAUUCUAAAGAUAUUGAUAUUGCCACUGUUGAAGCCAUGACUUUGGCACACCAGUUGGCAUUGGGCCAAAAGAACAGGCAUGAUCUUGUUGAUGAAGGUUUCAAUAGAUAUACUUUCCGUGAUACCGAACACUUACCAGAAUGGUUCUUAGAAGAUGAAAAGGAACAUUCCAAGAUAAAUAAACCAAUUACUAAAGAAGCUGCUAUGGCAAUCAAAGAAAAGAUAAAAGCAAUGAAUGCACGUCCUAUCAAGAAAGUCGCUGAAGCUAAGGCAAGAAAACGGAUGCGUUCUGUGGCUCGUUUAGAAAAGAUUAAAAAGAAGGCAGGUUUAAUCAAUGAUGACUCUGACAAAACAGAAAAGGAUAAGGCAGAUGAAAUUUCUAGAUUAAUGCGUAAGGUUACCAAGAAACCACAGGCUAAGCCAAAGGUUACUUUAGUUGUUGCCUCAGGUAAGAACAAAGGUUUGGCAGGUAGACCAAAGGGUAUUAAAGGUAAGUAUAAGAUGGUUGAUGGUGUCAUGAAGAAUGAACAAAGAGCUUUAAGACGUAUUGCAAAGAAGCAUCAUAAGAAAUAA